UUUUUUAAUUUUAUGGAUAGACAGCUAAGCAGAUAAGCGCACAGAGCUUCACUCCCUAAAGAGAGGUAGGCACAGAGAGCUUAAACAAAAUCAACAAUGGCAACGACAACAACAUGUACUUGUACAACAUCUUCCUUCAUGCUAACGUACGCCACCUCCACAGUACACCCACAAGACCUAACCCCUUCUCUCCUUUCUUUUAAGCCCCAAAUUUUCUCUGUCUGCCCAUUGAUCUCAGACAGGAAAUCAAGCAAUAGGAUCAACUUUUAUAGCCAAACAGAGGCAAAGUCUAGACCUUGCAGAGUGGUUGUGGCUGCUGCUUUGGCUGCAGAGGCGGAGGUGGGUGAGGAGGUGGAAGAGACAGAGGGAGAAGGAGGUGGUGUGGCAACUGCUACAGUUACUCCUACUAAGCCUAAGAAAGGGAAGGCUGCGUUGCCUUUAAAGAGAGACAGAACAAGGUCUAAGAGAUUCUUGGAAAUUCAAAAAUUGAGGGAAACAAAAAAGGAGUACGACCUGGGGACAGCAAUAUCUAUGCUAAAGAAAACAGCAAACACAAAGUUUGUUGAAAGUGUUGAAGCUCAUUUUCGUCUUAACAUCGAUCCCAAAUAUAACGACCAACAGCUGAGAGCAACAGUAAAUUUGCCCAAGGGAACAGGACAAACUGUUAAAGUUGCAGUGCUCACCCAAGGUGAAAAGUUCGAUGAAGCAAAAAAUGCAGGAGCAGAUUUGGUUGGUGGUGAGGACCUGAUACAACAAAUAAAGGGAGGAUUUAUGCAGUUUGAUAAAUUAAUUGCAUCUCCGGAUAUGAUGCCUAAGGUUGCCAGCUUAGGUAAGAUUCUAGGACCACGAGGACUCAUGCCAAAUCCAAAAGCUGGUACUGUUACAACUGACAUACCUCAGGCAAUAGCUGAAUUCAAAAGGGGGAAAGUUGAGUACAGAGCAGAUAAAACUGGGAUUGUUCACAUACCUUUCGGGAAAGCAGAUUUCUCAGAGGAAGACCUCCUUGUAAACUUGCUAGCUGCGGUAAAAUCAGCAGAAGCAAACAAGCCAUCAGGUGCAAAGGGAGUGUACUGGAAAAGCGCACAUAUAUGCUCAUCAAUGGGACCUUCCAUUCGGUUAAAUACAAGGGAGAUGCUCGAAUACAAGCUUCCGUCGAAUGUUUGAAUGUAACUUGCUCCUGUAAAUGAUGUCAAGUAUCUCUUUCCGAGCUUGCCAGUGUCCAGUACAGAUGUUAGGUGAGGUAUGAUGAAGAGGUGACCUUGAUUGUUGCUUAUGGAUGAAAUUGACAUACGCGUUGCAUGGUCUUCCUCGGCAGACUCGGGAAAUCUUUUAUGACAAUGAUGGUCAAUAUCUUUAUAUUUAAUUAUCAUCAGCUUUUGGCUCUCGCUAGGCAUUUCAAAUUGCUAGUUCUUUUCGAGGCACAAUGGUUAAGCAUUUAUGCCACUGUUUUCCUGUUUUCUGUGGCAGGAUUUCUUGAAUGCUGUAGCUGUACCGAUGAGAAUGCUAAUUUGCAAUCGCUUGUUAUUUCAA